AUGGGUCAUUUAUCUUCAUUACUAAGAAAGAAUUGGAUUCUUUGGAAGAGAAACUGUUUCUGUUCCACUUGUGAAAUCAUUUUACCAUUAAUAUUAAUAUUAGCAUUAGGAGGAAUAAGGUAACAGUUUUAAUCAUCUUUUUAGAGGUGUUGUAGAUAAAACUAAUCUUGAUGAAACUGCCUUUUUAUAACCAGAACUAGAUUGGAAAUCAUCUGAUCCUAAUGUACCAGUGAUGUUAUACUCUAUGAUUAAUGAAAAAGAAAUUGAAGAUAAGAUUAUGAUCAUUUAAAAAUGGAAUGCAAGUUUGAAUUUGGUUGAUAAUCUUAAGAGUUUAGAUACAAAAAGUAGAUUAUCAGUAUUACCUAAAAUGAAGUAAUAAAUAAAACAAUUUUAGAAAUUGUAUAGACAACUAUAAUUAUUAAUAAGAAAGAUUCUGGUUAAAUGGACAUGUAGCUCUUGGACCAAAUGAAAAUCAUGAGAUUGUAAAAGAGCUUAAAUAUAUUUUUGAAAGUAAGAUAUAUUACAAUUGAAUUUAGCUUAUUAUAAUUAUUAAACAAUAAUAUUUAAAAAUAAUGAUGAACUUAAUGAAUACACAGCAGAUUCAGAUUAUGGAAGAGAUGGAGUACCUAGAAUAUGUUUUGGAGUAAUGUUUAAUGAAACAGCUGGAAAUAAUAUUUAUGAUUAUUAAUUAAGAUUUAAUACAAGUGGAUUUAAUGAUUUUGAAAUUCCUCCUACAAAUUUAAUGGAAGUGGAUCCAAUAAAAUAUUAAGAUUAUGAAAAGGUAAAUACUUAUUGGGAAUCUGGUAUGUUGACAGUGUAAACAUUUAUAGAUAACAUAAUUUUAAGAAUUGAAACAAAUAGUUAAGCUACAAUAAAUCCUAAGUUUUCUUAUGGUAUUUAAAAGUUUAAAUAAAUUAGUUCAUUAAUAGGAAGGAGUUAAAGAUGAAUUUGCAACAUUUUUAAGAGGAUAAUUUGGUGUAUAUUUGAUAUUACCUUUAAUAAUCAUAUAUUUAAGAAUGACUUAUGCAAUGAUUUAUGAAAAAGAGAAAAAGUUAAGAGAAGGUAUGAAAAUGAUGGGAUUAAAUAAUACUUCAUUCUAUCUAUCAUGGAUUAUCUAAUAUCUAUUAAUUUAUACAAUUAUAUCAAUUAUUGCUACAAUACUAUUAUCAGCCAUUGUUUUUACUCAUACUGAUGGAUUUGUAUUAUUCUUAAAUUAUUGGCUAUUUUGUAUAGUCUUAAUAUUCUAAUCUAUGUUCAUUAGGUAUAAAUUAAAUUUAAUCAUAGUGUAUUUUUUACGAGAGCAUUAUUUGGAUUAAUUGUAGCAAUAGUUUGGUAUUUACUGAUGUAUAUGGUAAUAAGUUUAGUAGGAAGUGGAUAAGAAAUAGUUCCAGAAUCAUCUUAUUGGGGAGCCUCUAUAUCUUCUCAUGCAGGUAUGUCUUUUGCUUUUGAUGUUAUGGUAAUGUUUGAAGCAUAAGGAAGAGGAGUUUCAAUGUCAACAAUAUCGACUAAAGUUGAAAAUUAUGCUGUCAACAUUGCUUUGAUAAUGCAUAUACUAAACAUAUUCUUUUACUUAAUAAUGUCUAUUUAUUUGGAUCUAGUUUUUCCAAAUGAAUGGGGUAAGAAAUUACAUCCUUUAUUUUGCAUUCCUUAUUUUAAUAGAUCUCAUCAUUCUCAAUAAUAAAGACUAAGGAAAAAGUCAUCAUUAAUCCAUUAAGAAAGAUAUGAAGAAGUAGAAUAAGCAUUGAAAGAUUAGGAAAGUAGAAAAGAAGUACUUUAAAUCUCUAAUCUCACUAAAAUAUAUCCUAGUGGAAAACAAGCUGUCAGUAAUGUUAGUUUAACAAUGUAUGUUGGUUAAAUAUAUGCUUUAUUGGGACAUAAUGGAGCAGGUAAGACUACUACAAUUUCAAUGUUGACAGGUCUCUUAGAUAUUACCGAAGGAGAAGCAACAGUAUUUGGAUAUGAUGUUGAAACUUAAAUUGAAGAAAUUAGAUAAUUUAUGGGAGUAUGUCCAUAACAUGAUAUUUUAUUUGAUAAUAUGACAGUCAAAGAACAUUUGGAAAUGUUUGCAACUUUUAAAGGAAUGAAACCAGAAGAUAUUCCUGCAGCUGUUAGAAGAAUGAUUGAAGAUGUUGAUUUAUUAGAAAAGACUGAUUAUUUAAGUAAGAAUUUAUCUGGAGGAUAAAAGAGAAGAUUAUCAGUUGCUAUUGCAUUUAUUGGUAAUUCUAAAUUAAUUUAUUUGGAUGAACCUACUUCAGGAAUGGAUACAAGUGCAAGAAGAUAUAUUUGGGAAAUGCUUAAAAAUUAUAAAGAAGAUAGAAUUAUAGUCUUAACAACACAUUUUAUGGAUGAGGCUGACUUUCUAGGUGAUAGAAUAGGUAUAAUGGGAGAAGGUAAAUUAUAGUGUUCAGGAAGUAGUGUAUUUUUAAAGAAUCAAUUUGGUAAUGGUUAUAAUCUAACAAUUGUAAAAGAAAGUACUUUAACAGAAUCAGAUCCAAUCAUAGAAGUAAUAAUGAAGGUUUGUCCUGAGGCUAUUUUAAUAUCUAAAGUCUCAGCUGAAAUUCUUAUGUAAUUACCUUUAAAUGCAGUUAUUAAAUUUCCUAAAUUAUUUGCAGAAUUAGAUAAUAAUUUAAAAACAUUACAUAUAUAAAGUUAUGGAAUCAGCAUUACAACAUUAGAAGAAGUAUUUUUGAAGGUUGCUUAGAUAGGAGCUGGACAUCAUUAAGUAAAUGAUUAUAUGGAAAUGGAGGAUAAAAAUAAAUAAGCCAUUUAAAUUGAUGAUUUUGAUAUUAAUUAAAUAAGAGUUACAAAUUCUACUUAGUUAUUUUUCAAUCACACAAUUGCUUUACUUAUGAAAAGAGCUAGAUUUUUUAAAAGAGAUCUUAAGAGUUUAUGUUGUGAAAUCCUUUUACCUUGUUUGGUUGUACUUUUGGGUCUAAUUUUAAUGACAAUAGAAUUUAUCACUGAACCAAAUAUAAUUAUUUUAACUCCUCCAUCUGAAUGUUAUGGUAAUGGAAUCUAAUAUUUAUGGGGAGGAUUAAAUGACUAAUCUCUAUUUUCAUAAAUUAAUUUAGAAAUGUAUAAUUCAUCCAUUUAAGUUUUUGGAGAUGAUAGUUUAAUUAAUCUUUAAAACAUGGAUUAAAAUUACUUUGAUACUUUUGAUUUAAGAUCAAAUAUUGGAUGGUAUUAUUUGACCAGUAAUUCAAAUAAUUAAUAUUCAUAUUAUAUGUUUGUUAAUACAAUAUUUAGGGAAGCUCCAAUUGUUUUAUAAAAUUAAAUGAAUUAAGCAAUUUUAAGAAAAGCUACUAAUAAUAAUAAUUAUUAGAUCAAAGUUACUAAUUCCCCUUUGAGGAAAACUUAUGAGGAAUUGAAUGGUUCAAAAGCAAUAGCAGGUUUCUUAUCUGCUCUUGUAUUUUCUAUGGGUAUGGCAUUUAUUCCAGCAUCUUUAAUAUCAUAUAUUGUUAAAGAAAGAGAGAUUAAUAUAAAACAUUAAUAAUUAGUAUCAGGAGUUUCUGUAAAAGCAUAUUGGUUUAGUAAUUGGUUAAUGGAUUUAGGAAAGCAUGUAAUUCCAGCUGUUGUUUGUUGUCUUCUUAUUUUAGCUUUUGAUAUUUCAGCUUUAAUAGAAGGAGAAAAUUAUGGAUUUUCAUGGUUGAUCUUCUUUUUAUAUGGUUGGGCAAUAAUUCCUUUUUGUUAUUUCUUUAGUUUUGCCUUCAAAUAAUAAGGAAAUGCAAUGUUAUUAAGCUUUUUCAUACAUUUAUUGGUUGGAUCAAUUAUAAGUUUAAUAAUUUAUAUUUUGAGAUUGAUUUCAUCUACAAGAGAUGUAGCUACUAUUUUAUAAUGGAUUUUUAGAUUAAUUCCAUCUUUUUCAUUUGCAUAUGGUAUAUUAAAUGCAUGUUCUAAAGACAUAUAUAUGAUUAUGGAGGGAUGGACUGAAAUGAAAAGUACUUAUGAUAUGGAAGUAAGUGGUGGAGAUGUAUUAAUGCUUGCAAUAAUGGGAGCAUUUUAUUUGAUAUGCAUAUUUAUUAUAGAAUACUUUGAGGAUAAUGGAUAAUUAUAGAAAUUUGGAUCAAGUGAAUCUAGUAUACCUUACAUUCCAAAACCUAUAGAUGAUGAUGUAGCUAAAGAAAAAUAAUUAUGUGAAACUUUUAGGCCAAAUGAGAAAGCCAUUCUUGUUAAAGAAUUAAGAAAAGUAUUUAUGUUGGGAGAAGGUAAACAUAAAGUUGCUGUGGAUUAAGUUAGUUUUGCAAUUGAUUAAGGUGAAGUUUUUGGAUUAUUGGGAGUAAAUGGAGCUGGUAAAACUACUACUUUUAAGAUAUUAUCAGGAGAAUUAAAGCCUACUAGUGGAGAAGCAUUUAUUGCAGGCAAGAGUGUUAUUAAUGAAUUAGAAGCUGCUAGAGUCAAUAUUGGAUAUUGUCCUUAAUUUGAUGCUCUUUUAGAUAAUCUAACUGUUAGAGAACAUAUAGAACUAUUUUCAGAUAUCAAAGGAAUUCCAUAUUAGAGGAAAGAAGAAUUAGUUGAAAAGAAAUUAAAUGAAAUGGAUUUAAAGAGAUUUGAACAUAUAUAAUCAGGUUAACUUUCAGGUGGAAAUAAAAGAAAAUUAUCAGUUGCUAUUGCUAUGAUAGGAAAUCCUCCAAUUGUAUUUUUAGAUGAACCUUCUACUGGUAUGGAUCCAGAAGCAAGAAGAUUUAUGUGGAAUGUUAUUUCAAGAAUUGCUACUCAAAGAAAAUAAAGUACUAUCAUUUUGACUACUCAUUCAAUGGAAGAAGCCGAAGCAUUAUCAACUAAAAUUGCUAUUCAAGUUAGUGGUAAUCUCAGAUGUCUUGGAUCUGUUUAACAUAUUAAAAGUAAAUUUGGUAAAGGAUAUGAAAUUGAAGUUAAAUUAGAAAAACCAUAAAAAAAUGAGAUUCAACUAUUAAUCUAAUAAAUGGGAUUAGAAAAUAACUCUAGAUUGGAUUAAAAUACUACUGUUGAUAUAUUAAGAAAAAUUAAUUCAAGUCAUUUAGAAUAACAAAUCAUUAUGAAAGGUUCUGGAUCACAUAUUUAUAAUGAUAUUAGAAAACCUAAUCGAUUAGCUGUUGAAACACUUGCAGAAUAUGUUAUAGUAGAGAAAAUGGGGGAUCUAUUGUAGAAAUUUAUUCAGUAAAGUUUUGGAUAAUUUGAAAUCAUUGAACAUUUCUAAACUUUCUAUAGAUUCAGACUACUUGGAUAAAUAACUGUUAGCAAACUUUUUGAAGGAUUUGAACAAAAUGUAAUUAUUUAAUUAAUAAAUUUAGAAAAAAUAAAAUAGAAUCUCAUAGUAUUCCAUAAAAUAGGCAUCAAUUGAAUAAAUUUUCAAUAAUUUUGCACUUUAGGAUUCCCAAUAACAGCAAGCUCAUGAAGAAAUCAAAGGAAAUCAAAUUUCAGUUUAGAUUUAAUAAAAUUCUUGA